AUGAACUUCAGAAGUGGGUUCUCCGAUUCGAACGAUGACAGCAACAGCAAUGGCGAGGACAAUUCGCUUGCUUCAGAAGUCACGCCGCUGAGGCUUCUCUCGGAGCAUCUGGGGUCAAUCCUGGAGAGCGGGGUUGACUUUUUCUCUGACGCCAUGAUCGUGGCCGGCGACGGCCGGGAAGUGGCCGUGCACCGGUGCAUUCUGGCGGCGAGGAGUGUCUUCUUCAAGAACAAGUUCGCCGGAGGCGUGGUGCUCCGCUUGAAGGAAGUGGCCAAGGACUACGAUGUUGGGUUGGAAGCACUUGGAAUAGUUCUGGCUUAUUUGUACAGUGGGAGGGUGAAAGCUUUGCCCCAUGGUGGUUUUUGUGAGUGUGUGGAUGAUGUUUGUUCCCAUUUUGGGUGUAGACCUGUUGUGGAUUUCUUGCUUCAGCUCCUCUAUGUUUCAUCCACUUUUCAACUUUCUGAGUUGGUUGCUCUUUAUCACGUAUAG